AUGUAUACCAAAAAGUCAGACAAACUGCGGCCAUGCAAAGGCAGGUCUUUUGAUUCUGUCAGUUCUGAGAAGCAACUGAGGAGUGAAACAACAUUCAACAGAAGAGAAGAAACCCGGGACAAGCAGAAUCUAGAGGCCCCCACCUGCUCUGGGAAAAGCUCUUCAACCAUCAUAUUCUCACUAAGAAAAGAAGUGGGAGGUCUUAUUAAGGCUCUUAAGCUUUUCCAGGAAAAACACGUCGACCUCGUGCAUAUUGAGUCUCGCAAGUCCAAGCGAAGGGAUUCAGACUUCGAGAUGUUUGUGGAUUGUGACACGGAUCACGAACAGGUGAAGGAGCUGAUUCAGCUGCUCAGAAAGCACACUGAUAUUGUUGCCAUUACUCCAUUGGACAACUCCAUGCUUCUAGAUCAUGGUCUGGAUGGUGUGCCAUGGUUUCCUAAGAAGAUCUCUGAUCUGGAUCUGUGCUCAAACAGGGUUUUGAUGUAUGGCUCUGAAUUGGAUGCAGAUCAUCCGGGGUUUAAAGACAACGUGUACCGGAAACGAAGAAAAUAUUUUGCUGAUUUGGCCAUGAAUUACAAACACGGGAAUCCUAUUCCUCACAUAGACUACACCGCAGAGGAGGUACGUACCUGGGGUGUGGUGUUCAGGGAGCUCAACAGCCUCUAUCCCAGCCAUGCCUGCAAGGAGUAUCUGAAGAAUCUGCCACUACUGACCAAAUACUGUAACUACAAUGAAGGCAACAUCCCUCAGCUGGAGGAUGUUUCACACUUUCUCAAAGAGCGCUCAGGCUUCAUCAUUCGGCCAGUAGCAGGGUACCUUUCUCCUCGAGACUUUCUAGCAGGCCUGGCUUUCAGAGUCUUCCACUGCACUCAAUAUGUCCGCCACAGCUCAGAGCCUUUAUACACACCUGAACCGGACACAUGCCAUGAGCUGCUGGGUCACGUUCCUCUGCUGGCAGAGCCCAGCUUCGCCCAGUUCUCUCAGGAGAUUGGUCUAGCAUCUCUGGGUGCCUCAGAUGAUGCUGUACAGAAACUCGCCACAUGUUAUUUCUUCACAGUGGAGUUUGGCUUAUGCAAGCAGGAUGGCAGGCUACGGGCGUACGGAGCUGGACUCCUCUCCUCCGUCAGUGAACUCAAGCAUGCGUUGUCUGGCAAGGCCACCGUCCUUCCAUUUGACCCCAGUGUGACCUGCAACCAGGACUGCAUGAUAACUACGUUCCAGGAGGCCUAUUUCGCUGCUGAAAGCUUUGAGGAAGCCAAAAACAAAAUGAGGGAGUUUGCAAAAACCCUUCAGCGUCCCUUCACAGUACACUACAACCCCUACACCCAGAGCGUGGACGUUCUGAAGGACGUCUGCAACAUCAACAGCAUGGUAAAGGACAUCCGGCAUGAGCUGGACAUUGUGGAAGAUGCCCUGAGCCAGCUCACCAAACACAGCAACUGA